AUGCAUCAGCUCACCUUUUUGAAUGUUAUCCUCCUAUUCGUCUCCUUCACCUUGCCACCAGCGGAUGCCAAAUGCUGCGAUAGAAGGGGAAAGACAUGGCCUGAUCUAUGCUGGGACGAUACUCCUCAAACUCCUUGCUGUGGCUACGGAAAGUGCAACGCUUUCUGCUGCGCGUGUAAAGGUGCUACAGUCAUCCAAUCUACAGUCGACUACAGUGGCACCACGUACGUAACUACCAUCACCGCCCCAUCGGACCCGGUCAAGGGACAAGAGACGUGGACCUGCCGUGAAGGUAACCAUCUCUUGACCGUUUUACCACCACCAAAUAGGGAACAAUCGACGGUGACAGUGACAUUGUCGAGUUACAACACGGUAGUUGGUGGUGGCCAAUCGACGGUGACAGUGACAAUGUCGAGUAAAAAGACGGUAGUUAGUGGUGUCAACACGGUCAAGCGCGCUGUUGACCAAGCCACUAUGACAAUCCCAUCGGAAAGACCAACCAUGUCUCCUCGACCCACCAACCCUCCACCUUUUGGUUUCCCAGCCGUCGGUUAUCCAUCACUGGAAGAGCGGGAUGCUCUGGCUGAUCAAAUCCUACUUUUCGAGGACGUAAGUGGUGGCCUACAAAUCAACGGCACGUCGGUGGUCUCGAAGGAGCAAUAUCUGGGAUUCUUCAACGUCCCAGACACGGAGACUGGAGGGCAGUACGGGCAGUACGUACUCGCCAAGUUCGCCAUGCAUGAUGCGAAUGGUGACGGUGUUUUGACGUUCGACGAGACGCAACUGCAAUGCGAUAAAGAUGGUUGCCACUAA